GCACCUCCGACACAGGCACCUCCGGGAGCGGCAGCGGCACCUCAGGGAGCGGCGCGGGCGGAGCGGCACAGGAGCGGCCGGACUGCCCGUCCCGAGGACUCUACUGGAUCUGCUGGAUCACAGAGAUUGUGUGUGAUGCUGUCCAUGUCACUGGAGAGGAGCUCUGCACAAGUGGCCUUGAUCCAUGUGCUCGUUCACUGAUGUCCAGCUUGUUCCUUCACGAUCUGACUCAGCAAAGUGACUGAAGUCAGAAGGGGCUGACUUCUGAAGAUUCCAGGCAGGAUGAAAGACCGUUUAAGUGAGCUGCGUGAAUUUGCCAGGUUACACAACCAGCAAUUUUCUGAUAGUGAUGAUGAUGAUGAGAAUUCACCCCAGGAUAUUCUCCUUUAUGAGACGGACUAUGCCUUAGAAAUCCUUCAUAAGGACAUACAGAGCAUCCGGGCAGAAAACGACCACCUAAAAGCGGAUGUCAGCCGCCUCAGAAAGCAAAACACCCGCUUCCUCACCUCCAUGCGCCGCCUUAGCAGCAUCAAACGAGACACUAAUUGUAUUGCCAGAGACAUUAAGAGCCGUGGAGAGAGCAUCCACAGGAAACUGCAGGUAAUGAGAGAUUUCUGUGAAGAUGCAAUAACAAAAUACGGAGCUAUGUCUGUCAUUGCCAGGGUGGCGAAGAACCACUACGUUGACCUCAUGCACACAUUUCAGGACGCUAUGUUUGAUUACAACGCAGCAGAGAUGAACCAGCGGGAGAACUGCAAGAUCCGAAUUCAGCGGCAGCUGGAGAUCAUGGGCAAGGACGUUUCUGGGCACCAGAUUGAGGAGAUGAUUGAGCAAGGCAAAUGGGAUGUCUUCUCCGAGAAUCUCUUGUCAGAUGUCAAGGGAGCUCGCGCAGCCUUGAAUGAGAUAGAGACGCGGCACAAGGAGCUGGUGAAGCUGGAAGGUCGCAUUAAGGAAGUUCACGAGCUCUUUCUGCAGGUGGCCCUGCUGGUGGAGGAACAGGCAGACACCUUUGAUGUUAUUGAGAUAAAUAUGCAAAAUGUUGAGGACUAUGUAGGAGAUGCUAAAGACCAAGUGAAAAGAGCUUUGGAAUACAGGAGAAAACAUCCCCUCAGAACAAUCCUCUGCUGUUGCAUAUCAUGUUGCAGAAGGUGA